AGUUGUGAGAGAUUGCAUCAAUCAGACAGACUUAAGCUCUGCUACUUCCUCCAGCAUUUAUUCUUUUUUGAAGCUCUUUUUAUUCAACUUCAUUGUUGAUUAACUGAAAGUUGUUCCUAAAAUUAAAUACGUGAAAAAAAUUCAUUUAAAUUGUGUCAAAAAAGUGCAAAUUAAGUGCAGUUGCUUAUAAAGUUUCCUUGAUUCCUUAUCAGUGACAAUGAAAUCAAACGUUGAUGCGCUUAUGAAGUUUUUUCUUUUAUUAUGCUUCAUUCAUGCAACAGAAGCACAAACUGCAAAAUGUUUCUACAAAUAUAAAUAUUACGAGACUAAGAGCUUCAAAACCACAAACACUUCUUAUUAUAGAUGUGAUUUGGACACAAAACAAGGAAAUUACAAUGAAAAGCUCAUGAGAAUUGAUGGACAACAUGGAACUGGGCAUAGCGAUGCUGAUGUAAAAUGGAUUAUUUCUUAUAAAAACCACAAACUAAGAACAUUUUCAUCAAUUUUCUGUCAAAAGUUUCCAAAUCUUGAACUUAUUCAGAUUAAUGAUGCAGAACUGGAAUUAAUUGAUGAAGAUUCGCUGUCGAAUUGCAUGAAUUUGGAUCGAUUGUCCUUGUUUGGCAACAAAAUUCGAGAAGUUCCAGAAAAUUUGCUGACUCAAAACUUAAACUUGACUUAUUUAUGGAUAUCUAACAAUCAACUGACAUCGUUGCCUGAAAAUUUGUUCCUCAAUCAAAAGGAACUUGAGGAAUUGUAUUUAUAUUAUAAUGAAAUAACGUUCCUGCCGAGCAACAUUUUUCGUCCACUUGCCAAGCUUCAAGUGCUUUAUUUGAACAACAACAAGCUUCAGUCAAUCAAUCCAGAAUGGUUUGUGACUUUGCUGAAUUUAAAGUGGUUAGGUUUGCAAGGCAAUCAAAUUGUGGAAAUUCCAUCAAAAGCUUUUGCAGCUCUCAGAAAUUUGGAAAAAUUGUGGCUUUUUGAAAACAGAAUUAAAACUUUAAAAUCGGACAACUUUUAUGGUCUACAAAACUUGAAAACAUUAAGUUUGCAUACCAAUGAAAUUUCAGAUCUGCCUGUUGGUGUUUUCACAAAGUUGAACAAUUUACAAGAUUUGAAUUUAAAGAACAACAAAUUGACAUCAAUCCACUCAGAUUCCUUCGGUGUUUCCAAUAAUUUGACCAAACUUUGGCUUGUCAACAACAAAAUUAGCUCAAUUGAUCCAAAAUUCAUCGACAACACAGCAGUUUCAAUCCUCAACAUGACAAACAACAUCUGCAGUCAAACAGAGUCUAAAAGGAGAUCGGAAGUUGUAAAUAAUUUAAAGGAUUGCUUUGUCAAUUACCGGCCUCGCUCAGUUCAAGUUCCAAACUCAUGUGGACGAUCAGUCAUGCCACAAGGAAACAUCAUCGGUGGAGCCGAAAUCAAACGCAACUCAUAUCCAUGGAUUGCAGCUUUGAUGAAGCCAACUGGACAAUUCUUCUGUGGUGGCACUCUCGUGUCGAGUCGCAAAGUUGUCACAGCCGCACAUUGCAUUCAAAACAAAGGCGAAACUCAACAAUUAUUGCCAAGUUCAGUCAUUGUUCUACUUGGAUUUCAUGAUCUUAGUAAUUCAAUUGAAGUCGGGCGAGUUCCUUAUGCAGUUAAAGCUAUCAACAUUCAUUCCGAUUGGAAUCCAUACACAACUUCUUAUGAUGCUGACAUUGCUGUAUUGGUGCUUGAUCAUGAUGUCAUAUUUAAUAAUUAUAUCCAGCCAAUCUGCAUGACAUCAACCGAUCCAAGGAUUGUAGAAAUGACUGAAGGUGCUGUUGUUGGAAAUGGAAAAGGAGGAGAAGCCAAUGAAUAUGAAAAUAUUCCAAAAAUCCUCAAAAUGCCGAUCCAAACUGCUCGUCACUGCACUGAGAAAGACAGCACAUUUCAACAGCUUUUAACUGGACGAACAUUUUGUGCUGGAAAUGGAACUGGUCAAGGAGUGUGUACUGGUGAUAGCGGAAGUGGAUUUGUUGUACAAAUUGGAAAUUCUUUUUAUUUACGUGGAAUUGUGUCAGCCUCACUUGGUGAUUCAAUACUUGGAUGUGAUGUCGAUUCCUAUUCUGUCUUUACAGAUGCUUUAAAGUACAUCAAUUGGAUCAAAGCUUAAAAGGCGCUGACAUAAGCUGUCUGUUUUAUGGAACUUUGAGUCCAAGAUAUGGACGAGCUACGCACGAUGAAUUUUUCAAUUGGACUUUUGUGCCAUUCGAAGCUGAAAAAUAAUGAUUAUUAUUUAUUUAAUCAGUUAAUUUGAUCAAAUUGAAGUAAAAAGCUUAAUUUAAAAUUUCCGUUUAUUUUUCAUUUGCUACCGUAGCUGACCAAUUUAAUAGCCUUUGUCAUUUCACCUUUUUCUUUGCUUAAAAAAUGAUUCUUAAAGUUUUGGUAAUUUUUG